AUGAAGUUCAUGAUCUUGGCUUUGUUUGUUGCUGGUGCCUACGGGUGCGGCCUGCCCACCUUCCCCCCUGUGGUGACCAGGGUGGUUGGUGGAGAGGAUGUAAGGCCUCACAGCUGGCCCUGGCAGGUGUCUCUGCAGUACAAGAGUGGCAGCAACUUCUACCACACCUGCGGUGCCACACUGAUCUCCGACCAGUGGGUCCUCACUGCUGCUCACUGCAUCAGCAGUCGCACCUACAGAGUCUACCUGGGAAAACACAAUCUGAAGAACAACGAGGCUGGUUCCAUUGCCAUCAGCCCUGCCAAGAUCAUUGUCAACGAGAACUGGGACCCUUACAGGAUCCGUAACGACAUUGCCCUGAUCAAGCUGUCGACUCCCGUCACAUUCUCUAACACCAUCAUGGCUGCCUGUCUUCCCGACUCUGGUAACAUCCUGCCUCAAGGUGCUCCAUGCUACGUUACUGGCUGGGGACGUCUCUGGACUGGAGGUCCUAUUGCCGAUAUCCUGCAGCAGGCCCUCCUUCCUGUGGUCAGCCACUCCAUCUGCGCCAGGCCUGACUGGUGGGGCAGCCUGGUCACCAACAAAAUGGUCUGUGCUGGAGGAGACGGACAGCUGGCUAGCUGCAAUGGAGACUCCGGUGGUCCCCUGAACUGUCAGAGCCCUGACGGUUCUUGGGAAGUCCACGGUGUGGUGAGCUUUGGUUCAAGCAUGGGCUGCAACUACCCCAAGAAGCCCUCCGUCUUCACUAGGGUCAGCGCCUACAUCUCCUGGAUCUCCAACGUGAUGGCCAGCAACUAAGAUGCAGAUUGGUUUGUGUCAUUAUUUUUUGUGCUUGACAAUCAAAUAAAGAAUGUAGUGGCU